AUGGUGGCUGCGCGCAUGAGCAGGGCGGCGCGGUGGAACCUCGCCGGUGCGACGGCGCUCGUCACCGGCGGCAGCAAGGGCAUAGGGCACGCGAUCGUUGAGGAGCUAGCGGGGUUCGGCGCGCUGGUGCACACGUGCUCACGGAACGCGGCGGAGCUGGAGGAGUGCCGCCGGCGGUGGGAGGAGAAGGGGCUGCAGGUCACCAUCUCCGUCUGCGACGUGUCCGUGCGUGGCGACCGGGAGGACCUCAUGGCAACCGUGAGGGCCACCUUCGGCGGCAGGCUCGACAUCCUCGUGAACAACGCGGGGCAGUCGAUGUUCAAGGACACGCUGGAGUGCACCGGCGAGGACUACUCGCGGAUCAUGGCGACCAACCUCGAGUCGUGCUUCCACCUCAGCCAGCUCGCGCACCCACUCCUCCUCGCCGCCGCCGGCGGUGGUGGUAGCGUUGUUAACAUCUCCUCCAUCGCUGGCUUCAUCGGGCUCCCGGCGCUCGCCCUUUACUCCAUGACCAAGGGCGCCAUGAACCAGCUCACUCGGAGCCUCGCCACGGAGUGGGCCAGCGACAGCAUCCGCGUCAACUGCGUCGCGCCUGGGGGCAUUAGGACUGACAUCAGCAGUGAUAAGACGAUAGACCCGGAGCUGGUGAAGAAGGAGAUGGCGCGGCUGCCCAUGGGGAGGAUCGGCGAGCCGGAGGAGGUGGCGUCCAUGGUGGCAUUCCUCUGCAUGCCGGCGGCGUCCUACAUGACCGGCCAAGUCAUCUGCAUCGACGGCGGCCACACCAUAGCUUAG